AUGUCGAGUUUUCAAGAUACUGGUAAAUGGACCGCCUCGGUGGUCAGGAAAGAAUUCUUAAACUACUUUGAGAAGAAUGCUCAUUCUGUUGUACCAUCGUCCUCUGUGGUCCCUCACAAUGAUCCUACUCUCCUCUUUACGAAUGCUGGUAUGAACCAGUUCAAGCCGAUUUUCCUCGGCACAGUGGGCAAGACGGAUAAUAUGGCACAAUUGAAGAGAGCGGUGGAUACACAAAAGUGUAUUCGUGCUGGAGGAAAACAUAACGAUCUAGAUGAUGUCGGAAAGGAUAGUUACCACCAUACCUUCUUUGAGAUGUUGGGAAAUUGGUCGUUUGGCGAUUACUUCAAGACAGAUGCUAUUGGAAUGGCAUGGGAGUUACUCACAAAAGUCUACGGGUUAGACUCAGAUCGAUUAUACGUCACAUACUUUGAAGGAGAUUCGGAGAAUGGCGUCCCUGCGGAUUCUGAGGCUAAGGAGUUAUGGCUGAAGGCUGGAGUUAAAGAGGACCAUAUCCUGACAGGAAACAUGAAGGAUAAUUUCUGGGAGAUGGGUGAGACAGGGCCUUGUGGACCUUGUAGUGAGAUCCAUUACGAUAGAAUAGGAGGAGGGCGCAAUGCUGCUCAUCUCGUCAAUCUAGAUGACCCUAACGUCUUGGAAAUCUGGAAUAUCGUCUUUAUCCAAUUCGAUCGACAGAAGGAUAGAUCAUUGAAAACUCUACCAGCUAAGCAUAUUGAUACUGGUAUGGGUUACGAACGAUUGGUAUCGGUAUUGCAGGACAAAUCCUCGAAUUACGACACUGAUGUUUUCUUGCCAUUGUUUGCCAAGAUUCAAGAAGUCACAGACGCCAGACCAUACACUGAUAAGUACGGAAAGGACGAUACCGACGGGAUCGAUACUGCUUACCGUGUCAUUGCCGAUCAUAUUCGUUUACUGACUUUUGCUAUAUCCGAUGGAGGUGUUCCCAACAACGAAGGACGUGGUUAUGUUGUUCGACGUGUUCUGAGAAGAGGAUCCCGAUAUGCUCGAAAAUACUUCAACGCCGAAAUUGGUAGCUUCUUCUCUAAGAUUUUGCCAGCCCUCGUUGAACAAAUGGGCGAGCAAUUCCCCGAGAUUGUCAAAAAGCAACAAGACGUCAAGGAGAUUCUGGAUGAGGAGGAAGAAGCUUUCGCCAGAACUUUGGAUCGUGGUGAGAAGAUGUUUGAGAAAUAUGCCGCGCAAGCCAUCAAGACAAACACCAAGAAACUCUCUGGCGCAGAUGUAUGGAGAUUAUACGACACUUUCGGUUUCCCAGAAGAUCUGACCAAGAUCAUGGCUGAAGAGCGUGGCCUUGAGACAGAUGAUGGGGAGAUUGAGAUUGCAAAAGAGAAGGCGCGUGAAGCUAGUAAAUCCGUUAAGGAGGCUGCCCACACUUUCGCGAAAUUAGAUGUUCAUCAAAUUGCCGAGCUUGACAAUAUGGGUAUUGCUCGACCCAAUGAUGAUGCCAAAUUUUCGAGAGGCGACUCAAAUGGCAAGGUCCAACUCAUUUACGAUGGCAAGAGCUUUCUUAAGAGCACGGCAGAUUUGCCAAGUGACAAGCCGUUUGGUCUUCUCCUAGAUAAGACCAACUUCUACGCUGAACAAGGUGGUCAAGUUUUCGAUACCGGUAAGAUCAUCAUUGAUGGUGUUGCGGAAUUCAAGGUCCUUGAUACUCAAGCAUACGGUGGAUACAUUGUCCACAAUGGUUACAUGGACUAUGGAAGCUUCAAGGCUGGAGAUGAAGUUAUUUGCGAAUACGACGAAUUAAGGAGACAACCCAUCCGCAAUAAUCAUACUGGUACCCACAUUCUCAACCAUGCAUUGAGAGAGCACUUAGGAGAAGAUAUCAACCAAAAGGGAUCACUUGUCGAUCACGAGAAAUUACGCUUUGAUUUCUCGCACAAAGCCCAAGUCACACUACCAGAACUCAAGAAGAUUGAGGAUUCUUCGAAUUCUUACAUCAAACAAAAUUGUAAGAUUUACUCGAAAGAUGUCGAUCUUGAUAUUGCAAAGGGUAUUGAGGGUGUACGUGCUGUCUUCGGCGAGACAUACCCAAAUCCCGUUCGAGUGGUCUCCGUUGGUGUCGAAGUUGACGUUCUGCUCGCCGAACCAAAGAAUCCAGAAUGGCGAAAGGUCAGUGUUGAAUUCUGCGGUGGAACUCAUGUAGACCAGACUGGUAUCAUCAAAGACCUUAUCAUCGUCGAGGAGAGCGGCAUUGCCAAAGGAAUUCGAAGAAUCAUCGCUUAUACUGGUGAUGCCGCGCAUGAGGUACAGAGAGUUGCCUUAGCAUUCGGUCAACGUAUUGCUGCUUUAGAUGUUGUGCCUCAUAGCGUAGAGAAAGAACAAGAGGUCAAAGCAACACAAAAUGACUUGAACCACCUCACUGUUUCGGUACUUGCCAAGGAGGACCUAAAGAAGAAAUUCGCCAAGGUUCAAAAGGAUGUUCUUGAUGAGCAGAAAAAAAAACAAAAAGCGGAAUCCAAGACCGCUCUGGAUACUGUUACUGCUCACUUCGCCGAUCCAAAGAACAAGGACAGCACUGCGUAUAUUGCACAAUUGCCAAUCUCUGCUAAUUCCAAGGCUAUUAACGAUGUCAUGAACCAUUUCAAGUCCAAGGCAAAGGAUAAGACAGUUUAUCUUUUUGGAGGCAGUGCUAGUGAAGGUGCUGUUGUGCACGGAGUUUAUGUCGGUACAGAUGCCGCGUCAAAAGGCGUGAGUGCCGAGCAAUGGGCCGCAGCAGUCUCAGAGGUCGUAGGAGGCCGAUCCGGUGGCAAGGAGCCAACUCGUACUGGUCAAGGUACUAACUCUGAUAAGAUUGAGGAUGCAGUUGCUGUUGCCGAGAAAUGGUUUGCGGAGAAGUUAAAGCUUUGA